AUGCCCUCUUCAAGAGGCACAGGCCUUACGAUUUCGGGCGCAACUUUCAACGAGGUAUCCAGUGGCAACGUGCAUGUCGCCAACUGCCAUCGCGGCAGCGCCAACCCUAACUACUACGAAGGGGGCAAUGUCUAUAAACUAACAAAUAACGGAAUGGUCAAAGGGCAAAUGUAUCACGGGGGCAUGCAUGACCCCAAUUAUAUCAAGGAAUGUCCAGUUCUCGCAGGUGUCGAGUACGCUUUCUGUAACAACGAGAGUUUCGAAACAGAACUCCGCGGCAACAACUACAUGGGUUUGAGGUCUGAGAAGGCAAGGAACUAUGGCAGUCCCUCGAACAACUACGUAAGGAGUAACGUUAGCCAUAUUGAAAAUAACGGUACCCCUCCCUCGCUUCUCAGCCAGAAGAGCCCAUUGAAGACAACACACACGGAGAAUACAUGUAAUUACUCACCGUAUGAUAUUGCAGACCGUCCUUCAAGCGUCGCAUCAAGCAAUGACGACCUUGAUCCAUAUUCCAGGUCUGCGAAAUUCAGCAUUUACGGCCCACCUCAAAGUUCAUACCAUACGGGCUACGGAGGUCCUGAACCUCCACGGAGCUCCUACGAUCUCCCACGCUUCCCUAUUUCUCAGGCAGAUGAUCCUCCUCCACCUUACGCCAAUUAUCCCUCGGCUCAUUCGAGUUCUUCGUACCCAGCCAACGCUCCUUACACUACUGCGCCGUACGAUUAUAAGUAUGCCAUGAAUGUGUUCCGCCAACCUAAAUAA